ACACACACACACACACACACACACACACACACACACACACACACAGAGAGAGCUCAUCUGAUGACGUGUGCCGCCGCUCGGUCGCUUCGCUCAGCUGUGUGAGAGGAUGGCGGACCAGAACAGGCAAAUCAAACUCGCCGCAGCCAAGAAAAAGCUGAAGGAGUUUCAACAGAAGACCACCCCAUCCACAGGAAGUGCUGGACCAAAGAAGAAGAGGAAGGUUAAAGGAGGAGAUCAGCUGGACGCAGCGGUGGACAGACACUCGCCGGACAAUAUUGAGAAUAUUCUCAAAGUUAUGGUGUCUGAUCUUAGUCUGACGAAUGGAGUGUCUCAGCCUCCAUUAGUCAACGACAGCCAGGAUGAUGUGGAUGCGGUGAUCCGGGUCUCUCAGGAGCUGGAGGAGAGCGCCGCUGAGCCCGUCUUUAACCCCGCUUCUGCUCUUAACUCUGAGUGUGUGGCUGAUAGCGCUGAGCUGCAGCAGAAGUACGCAGCGGAUGCAAACGGCGAUGAACACGCUCUGGAAGAUAACAGGCCGCUGUCGUCCACCGAGAGCCUGAGACAGAUUUCCCAGCAGCUCAAUGGCCUGCUGUCUGAGUCAUCAACAUACAUCAAUGGAGACAGCGGCCCGCCGGCGGUCGGUGAGAAGGAGCUGGAGACUCGUAACCAGGAUCUGGCAGCGGCUCUGGACUCCAGCACACACACAAACGCCCAGCUCACGACCAAACUAGAGACACUGACGAAGCAGUCUCAGGAGCUUUCUGAUCAACUACAGAAGGAACGGAAAGAGUUUGAGCAGAAGUUCACAAAGGAGCAGGGAGCGAUGCGAGAACAGCUGCAGGUUCACAUUCAGACCAUCGGCAUCCUGGUGUCUGAGAAAUCAGAGCUACAGACGGCCCUGUCCUACACACAGCAGGCCGCGCGACAGAAGUCAGCGGAGGCAGAAGAUCUGAGCUCGCGGCUGCUGGCCGGUAAACAGCGAGUGUCGGAGUUAGAGAGGACACUAUCUUCAGUCUCUACACAACAGAAGAUGUUCGAGAAGCAUAAUAAAGAGCUUGAGAAAGAGCGAGACAGUCUGCGAUUAGAGGUCCUCAGGUUUAGUAACGCGAGCGAGGAGUCCAGGCAGCAGAGCUCGGAGCUGUCUGAGCAGCUCAAGCUGAGAGUCCGUGAGAACAGCGGCCUGAAGCAGGAGGUGGACGAGCUCCGGAGGCGGCUGGAGAUGGCCGACAGCAUGCUGCAGCAGUUCUCCAGUCAGUCCGGUCCUCCGUCUGAGCACCAGCAGGUUCAGCUGCUCCUGGACGAGAAGCACCAGAUGGAGACUCACGCGGCUCAGCUGAUGGAGUCGGUCGCUCAGCUCCAGGUGGAGAGAGAUCAGUACGCUGUACAGAUUCAGGAGGAGGGACGCGUGUGGAAGGACAAAACAGAGCAGCUUCUGUCUCAGGUGCGUCUGAUGUCAGAGGAGCGGGACAGCACUGCCGCUCAGAUUCAGGAGCUUCAGGAGAAGAUCACAGAGCUGGAGAGCGCUGCAGCUCUGAUGAGUAAAGAGCAGGAGCCUCAGGCCGUGUCACAGACCCCGGGCCCUUCAGAAAGCGAACUGGCCCUUCAGGAAACCAUCAGCAGCCUUCAGCAGGAGAGAGACGCUCUCAGUCUGCAGUACCAAGCACAGGUGCGAGACAAUGAGCAGCUGAGCCGGCUGGUGCAGGAACAGGAAGUGAGGCUGGAAGAACUGGAGAGACAGGCGGAGCGGGCCGCCGGCGAGGCUCAGGAUCGGCUGCGGAUUCUGGAGGACGUCCAGAGCGACAAGGCCACCAUCAGCAGAGCCCUGGCCCAGAACAGAGACCUCAAAGACCAGCUGGCCGAGCUCCAGAACGGCUUCGUCAAGCUGACCAACGAGAACAUGGAGCUGACCAGCGCUCUGCAGUCCGAGCAGCACAUCAAGAAGGAGAUCGCUCGUAAGAUCGCUCAGCUGCAGGAAGACCUGCACAACGCCAAAGAACAGCUGCAGGAGAGGUCUGCAGAGCUGGCGUCUGCGCAGGAGCUGCGGGAUCAGUACCUCUCUCACCUGCAGCAGUACACGGCUGGGUACCAGCAGCUGGUGACGGAGCGAGAGCAUCUUCAGCAUCAGUUCCUGCAGCAGGUGCAGCUGAUGGACCGCCUGCAGCACGACGAGGUGCAGGGCAAAGUUCAGCUGGAGCAGAGCCACGUUCAGCUGCAGGAGGCGCAGGAGAAGCUGAAGCAGCUGGCCAGAGAUAACGAGGAGCUGAAGACGGAGGUGCAGGAGCUGCUGAACAGCUCUCACAGAGACGACGGUGACGGCCUGGAGAGUCACUCUCUCCCGGAGAGCUUCCAGAAGUCACACGUCGUCAUCCCCGAGGACUUCGAGAGCAGAGAAGAGAUGGAGGAGUUCAUUCACUCCGCUCUGUCGCGUCUGGAGGAAGAGAGAGAUGAGAUGAGCCGGCGCUUCGAGGAGGAGAGGAGACUUCAUCACGCCGUCCGACAGCAGAUGACGGCCAUGAGCCACGAGCAUCAUCACCACCAUCAUCAUCCUCAUCCUCACAGCGCAGGAGGCUCUGACGGGGUUCCUGUGGAGGUUCACGAGGCUCUGCGGGUGGCUAUGGAGAAGCUCCAGGAGCGUUUCACGUCGCUGAUGCAGGAGAAGGUGGAUCUGAAGGAGCGUGUGGAGGAGCUGGAGCACCGCUGCAUUCAGCUCUCAGGAGAAACAGACACCAUCGGAGAAUACAUCGCGCUGUAUCAGAACCAGAGAGCCAUCAUGAAACAAAGACACUAUGAGAAGGAGCAGUACAUCAACAUGCUGGCCAAAGACAAGGAGGAGAUGAAGACGAAGCUAGCGGAGCUGCAGGAUCUGGUCAUGCGUCUGGUGGGCGAGCGGAACGAGUGGUACAGCAGAUACAUGAGCGCCGUCGGUCACCCUGACCUCCUGACCUCUGGAGGAGAGCAGCUCCAUCCCACUGACGAACACACGGACAGCCCAGCCGUUCUGGACCUGAGCACAGCGGUGGAGGCUUCUUCAGCUCCUCAGUCCAGCACGGACCCUCAGAGUCAAUCCCAGAGUCCCGAGAGGCCUGGGCCCGCUCCGGACGGCCCGUCCCUGAGGCCCAAAGAGGACGGCACGGCCCGCCAGAUCAUGCAGCUCCUGCAGGAGAUCCAGAACCCUCAGGCCAGGCCCGCUCCCUUCCUGGGGGAAAACCCCUGCAUCCCGUUCUUCUACCGGCCGGACGAGCACGACGAGGUCAAGAUCCUGGUGGUCUGAGAGCUCUCCCGCUCGGCUGCCGACGAAACGGACUUUGCGUGUUAAAUGGGUUUCCCCUCUCUGUGUCUCUGGUCUCUGCAGCGGAUGAGAGAGAUUCGUUUGGGUUGUGUGUAAACCGGUUAUCAUACUUUCGCUGCUCUGUCUUUUCCUUCACCCGUUUGUCCUCCUCACUUUAUCAAGCCAGUGCAAUAGACGGAUCAGUGAUUCAUAUCGGUGAGCUCGCACACUACCUAGGGCGCACUGAAGAGUAAUAUUGAUAUGAUGCAGCAGGUCUGAGACGAUCGAGUGUUUUCUGAGAGAACCGGAUGACGAGGUGUUUGUUCGUUUGCAGAGCACGUAGGGCACAGUAUUGAGGAAGACGUUAAAUAAUUUGAUCCUAAAGUGCUUAGAGUUAAGGUUAGAAUCGAGCCGAGAGCGUUCAGGACACGAGGACACGCUUUUUCUUUUCCAAUCGGGGGUUUAUUGAAAGAUGUAACGAUAAUUUAAUCCCUUCAGCCCCUUGUGUGUGUGUGUGUGUGUGUGUUUUUUCCGGAGCGCGUGACGUCGAAGCUCUCGAGAUGUUAGCGAUUGAUUGUUGUAGCUAACUCUAUGACGCUAGCGUCCGUCGGCCGAGAGUUUGGUGGCGAUUGCUGUACAUACGUCGGAGAAAACGAUCGGCGAGCUCGUUCGUAAACGUCUCAUCGGAUUCGGCAACACGUUCUGCGAAGGCAAAGCUCCGCUUCGCGUCUUGUUUUCGUAAGUAAACGUACACCUUUCGACGAGCGCCGCGCAUCAUUCUCUUUAGCAGGGCAUGCAUAUUAAUCUACGGAUAUUUACGCGAACAUUGAGCGGUUGUGCGUUGCUCUCCGAUGCUUCGUAGAAAGUGUUGCCGUGUCUCGUGUGUGUGUUUCUAACUGGAAGCGAGUGCUGCGUCUGGCCUGCCGUCUCUGUCCGUGCUCUCCGCGUAUGAAUAUUUUUUUCCCGGUGAAUGUUUCGGGCAUGGGCGUGUAAAUAGUGUAACUGUGUAUCAUACUGUAUAUUGAGCGAGGAAGGCUUGCGUUUGCCUGCUGAAGAUGAGUCUGGUGCGGAGAGAGGACGGGAUGCUCGUGUGCUUUCAUACUACGGCUGAACUAAAGGAGAAGUCUAUUUAUUUGGGAUAAUUACACACUAAUCUGUUUUAAUCUAGACCGAUGGAACACAAUGAAGGAAUAAUGAGUAGUUUGAGCAGAAAUACUUCUGUGAUGAUUUUCCUCCUAAAUAAACCUGAUUGAGCAAAAA